GUUCUAGUUAAAGUACUCCAGAUUAUCUUUUUAAUGAUGUUUUUGGUAAAGUAUCUUGUGAGUUUUACAGCCCACUCUACGCAUGUAACAGAUCAUGUCUUUUUUUUUUUUUUUUUUUCAGUAGGUCACAUCCUCCUCAGUAUAAAGCUGAGUUUAUCAUUAAGGUGCCUCACUCUCUAGUCAUGCGCUGUGGUCAUGAUGUGGUUACUGCUUCUCCUCUUCACGGCUCUCAUUGAGCCGGGCAACCCGCAAGGCAAGUAACCCCCAGAUUUUCUACUCAUUCAACAGUAAGGGGAAGUUUGAGUUCAGAUUUUUUUUAUUUUUUAAUCAGAGAUGUUGCUGUUUUAGGAGAUUAGCAAACACAGGUGUUGCAGAUUAUUGCAUCUGUUUUGUAUCAAGUGAUACUUUUGUCAUUUUCUUCAAUUUAAAUCUUCGCUGAUGGAUAAACUGAAGGGAGUUGUUGCCAUGUAACUGCAGCAACACAGAAAAAAACAAGAUCCAGUUUUUUAGUUUACCCGUAUUACUCAUAAAAGGUGAAGGAGAAAUUUGCAGGUAUGUCUUUAAUCGUGAAUGGAUGCCUGUAUCCAUGGUAACAAAUAAGGACCUCUUCUGAGUCCUCACCUGGACCUCGCAAAGAGAUACACUUUAACAGUGAUUAUCAAAGUCUUAAAAUACAUUUGAAUACAUUCUCCACUUUCUCUGUGACAACAUUUCCUCAUUGUUAAGACUUCAUUUAGGCUAAAAUUUACGAACAGUGCAAGCAUAAAUCUGUGUGGCAUUUCUUUACUCACUCAGCAAAAGGCUUUCUCCUCACUGCUCUGCUAUUUCAUCAGUUUAUUCUUGUUUUAUUGGGUUUUUUUUUUUAAUGGUUUGUGUUUCCAUUGUUUUAACCGCUUGCAUUUUCCCAUCUGCUUGUAAAACACCUUGUUACUACGAUUUUAAUUGGUGCCCUAUAAAUAGAGUAACUAUUUUUAUGACAUGCUGGAAAACUAAUUUAAUUGGUGAUAUUUUAAAAAACUAUAAUACUAGAUUCAUUUUUUGGUUAAAAACAUCUCAUGGUAUGUCUAAAAUGUUUUUACAGUAUAUUAAACUCAGGAGUUGCAAUGACUGUCAAGGUUGUCUGUUUCAAAUUGUUCUUGAGUUAUUCUGUGCCUGUCUCAUGAGGUUUCUCGUGAUGUGACCUGUUGCUAAAAAAUGUGUUUUCUGCUUCAAGUAUCUGCUGUAAGAUUGUAAAUGAAACUGAGCUGACUCCAUCAUAUUUACUGUUGAAAUGUUGAUGAAUAUGUAUUGUCCUAAGUAGAUGAGCUUAGUAAACUUUACAAUGAUGGGGCUUUUGAAGAGACUGGUUGGCAGCGUAGGAAAUGAGGAGGAGAAAGUGGGGCUUGUAGUGUGACGAGUGGUCAGCAUGUUAGAAUCAAACCCGGUCUGGCCGCUUCAAAGACUAUAGCCACCACCGCACACGUGUGCAUGGCUCAUCCGUUCCCUCUCAAUCUAUUCCCAAAUUUGGCCUCCAAGCAAAAUUCCAUAGUUUUGUAAAAAGUGUCUCUUGUUUUUAUUUUUAUUUUUUGCCUUUUGAUAAAGUUUAAUUUUUGAGCUUUAAUGCCUUUAUUGAGCAGACCGAGGAGUAGAUAGAGUAAAAAAACAUUGAUGAAUUUUCACAGAGUGGGAUCAAACCCUAGCUUAAGACUCUAUUGAAAUGUGUUUAAUAAUUAUUAAUAAAAAACAGAAUAAAAAAUUCAACACUAAGUAAACAAACACAAGUUUUGCAUGUUGUUGAUACAGGCGUGCCAGAAAAUAAAUGCAUGUUUUGCUUUUACUUGUCCAAAUGGAGAGGAGUCCUCAGGAUGUUUUUUUUACUACUUUUUUCACCACUGUUUCUAGUUAACCCAUAACUUAGAUUUUCAAAAGAUCACAGCAACCACCCCCAACUCAAAGCUGUUUGGUCUUGGAGGUCCAAAAAACCCCUUUUCUGCAUCUGGCUUGAUUAUGUAAACCCAGAAGUUAAGUUGUAACCACAGCAUUAUUAGUUCUACAAUGACAAACUUUGGUGAAGAGUCCAGGACUCUUGAACAUAAGUGAAAAUAGUCAAAUAAAAUGAGUGGUAAUAAAAAAAAAAAAAAGUGAAAGAGUAAAUAAAGAUACUAGUGCUUGCUGCCUCCAGAAGUUGAAAUUAUUACAGAAAUACAGAAAGACAAUAAGAUGAACGCCAGCUGGAUAAAAUCGCCUGAGUAAUCAUUACGUUACACAGCCUCACUGAUACGAACCCUGCCCUUCUGAGGUCAAAAUCUGCCACUGUUUGAUUUUUUUCUUUUUUUUAAAAACACUCAUAUAAACUGUUAAAAUAGAAAAACCGUCUAAAUUAAGUAACUAUAGUACCAUCCUUUUUGUGCAUUGAACUUAAAAUAGUUAUUUUUGACAAAGUUGUGCAUUUCUAUUAACUUUAUAUUUAACUUCUAUUUUGUUUAUAGCCAUAUGUCAAAGGUUUGGGCAUACCUAUGAAAAUAUGUGGUGUAAAAUAUCUGAAGAGCUGGUCUUCGCUCUUGACCCAGAAAAUAUUUGUUACAAUAUUUGCUAUAAAAUUAAAUAAUUCUCACUGGGGAAAAAGGAGGGAAUAUUCUGAUAUGACUGAAAUCUGUAGGGAUAAAAAGGUUAAUCCAACAUACAGUGUGAUUGUUCAUUUACUUUUAUUUAUUUCUCGGUUAUUUUAAAUUGACAUGAUUGAAUAUGAUGGCAAAUUACACUAAAAGUUUUAUCUUAUUGAAAAAGUGUGGGCCAUCCGACCAAGACAAUACAAAGGUACAACCGGGGAUUUCUUUGUUGGUGGCAACACAUUAACAUUCUCUAAAAUACUUUGCCAUGUAAAAUAAAGAUCUUUUGAUUCCUGACAAAUUAUUCAGUGUGCAGUGGGAUUUUUUUUUUCUAUGAUCCAGGUUUUCUCAAGAAAUUAGGGCCAAAUCAAACGUUUUCAAAAAGUUCCUGUAUGUGAUAAAUACACAGAGCCCCUACCACCACACUUUAAAAGCUGCUUGUUUUCUUUUAUUUUGACUCUAAUGUUUCAUAUUAGGGAAAAAAAAACAUGAAUGGAUAAAUGAACAGAAAAGAAACAGUUUGCAAAGUGUUUUUAAUCAGCCUCCUUUUGUGUGAGCAGAAAAAGUAAAACAUCUGAUUCUGACGGGUGGCAACCAGCCGUGUGAAGGCCAUGUUCAAGUCUACUAUGAGAACGUCUGGGGCUAUGUGGGGGACACGGAUUGGGACAAGCACACAGAGGAGGUGGUGUGCAGGAGCACCCACUGUGGCACACCCGUGAAGGACUCCAAAGAUGAUGUGUUUCGGCCCAUUGACAGCAAAGUGUGGCUCAAUGAAGUACGCUGCAGAGGAAACGAGAGCAACCUAUGGGAGUGUAGAAAUCCAGGCUGGGGCAUCAGCCAGUACAGAGCGGACACAGUGAAAAGUGUUAAAUGCUCACGUAAGGAGUAGUCUCUUUUUUUAGUUAGUUGUGUCAAGAUAAAGAUAAGAUCUACUUUAAACACCUAAAUUUUUUUUUACCCUUAUAUACAGAAGAUAUUUUUUUCUAUCAUUGGUUUUAUUUAAAUAUGUAUUCCUUGUUUUGUUCUUCUAGGAAAUGUCAAGAUAAAACUGGACGGGUACAAAUGUGCAGGAGCUGUAACAUUUGAAACAGACGAGAAGCCACGGGGCUAUAUCUGCAAUGGCAACUGGAGUAAGGAUUAGCGUCAUGCAUUCAGUACAUCUCAAAAGAUCAUGUCUUUCUAAAAGCCAGCAGUGUGUGAGUAAAGAUAAUCAUCAAACACAUUGAUGUAGUGUCAUUUAGAGAGUGAGAAAUGUGUUUUUCUUUAAAUUUGUUGAUGGCAACAUCGACCCAGAAAGAUUACCAAAAACUCAAAUCUUACUCAGUGUUUCUUCCUUAUUUCCAGUAAAAAGUGUUAUAUUAGGCUUAAUUUGAGCAACAUUACUGAAUAAGUCCAGAAAAAUUUAUUCUUCAAGAUAUUACACGGCAAUAUAAAUAACUAAUAUAACACAGAACAACAAACUAGCAAAGGUCAUGAGGUUUUGUCUUUAUUGAAUGGCAAAAACAGAUUUUCUUUUAAAUAAAAAAAAAAUAUAUAUGAUUUGUUUUUCUUAACUUGCAUAAAUCUUGUCUUAAUCCAGCAUCAGCCCUGACAUUACUAUGGGUAUCAGUACUUAAUGAGUAAUUACAUUAAAGACAUAAUGAUGAUUAUUUGUAUACUGUGUGUUUGAUUCCUCCAUCACUAAGGUGAAGAUGAAGCCAACCUGCUGUGCCAAAAUCUCAAGUGUGGUCAAUCCAAAGAGAUCCCCAAACACCCCUGGUUUGGGUGGAAGGAUUUCCAAAAGUCAGAGAAGAUGGGGAUCAAGUGUUUCGACACUCCGAAUUUAAAAAAUCUGUGGCAGUGUGCAGGCCAGAAAUCAGAUUCGUGCCCUGGCCCUGCUUCAGUUAUAUGCACCGGUAACACACAUACACUCUCUCUUACGCACUAACACACACAAAUACAUGCCAAUGGUUUACUCUUGAGUUGUAACAUAUUGUUGAACAGGUUUCAGGAGAGUGCAGCUCAGAGGCAGUGGAUCAAAUGUGUGCUCUGGGCGUCUGGAAAGAGAGGAAAAAGGAAGCUGGAUCCCAAUGAAAAACAAACCAACCAAACCUGAAGUUUGGUGCGAUCAAAUGAAAUGUGGUGCGUCUGGUGUCACGAGUGUUGAUGGGGACAAAAUAAAUUUGACAUGCUCAGGUAAUUUAGAGAUUUUUUUCUUUUCUUUUCUUUUUGUAAUGAUGUUGCAAAAUGUCAAAUGGGUUAGGUUAGUGCAGCUAACAAUAGCAGAGCUAGUACCGCAUGCCUAACACGAUAUAGACCUUUGCCUUAGUUAUUACAGUUUGAAGCCUACAGCAUUACAAUGGUUCAAAUCCUUUUGUAGCUUCCAAACCGGAGUGUGAUAUCAGAGGGAAUUGGAAGCUCUAUGAAUGAAGUCCACUGUUGUGUCUAAUAGAAAACAGCCAUUUUCAAUAGUAAUUUAUUUUUGCCUUGUACAUGGUUUGCUAAAAAUAUUUGACUACUUUAUUUGUUGCAUCUUUAACAUUUCUUUUAUAACUCCCAGACAAAGUCAAAGUGGUGUUAAAGGAUGGAAACAGCAAAAGCGAGUGUUAUGGUGCUGUUCAUUUUGAAGUGAACGGUACCACUCAUCCUGUGUGUGCUGCCCACUGGACUGACAAAGAAGCUAAGAUAGUUUGCCAGGAGACAAACUGCGGAAAGGUGAGUUUUCAGGGUCGGGUUUCAGUAACACUGAAAAUAAUUUUUUUCUUGUAUUAGGCUUCUGUGAGGGAAUAUUUUUCUGUUGUUGUUGGUUUUGUCUCAUAUUUGUGAAUUUGUUACAUACCUUUGUUCUAAGACUGCGCUGAUGAAAUAGUUUGGCAAUCAGGUAUAUUAUCGAUUAUUGUGAAAAUUGAUUGAUUUCCCUAUCCUAGUAUUAAUAAAAGAUGAUCCUAUCUGGUCUUAUUUCUAGACCUUAAAAUUAACCUUUUAAGUUUAAUAGAUUAACUAAUGCACAUUACUCAAAAUACAUUAUUAAAGUAGAUCCUGAAGAUAGAGAGGGUAAAUGCUCAUAAUUUAUAAGUUCAUACCUGGUCACCCCGACCUAUGUCAGUACUCCUGUUGAGCCACCCUGGUCAAGAAAAGUGGGCACACCCCUGCAUGGCAGCACACAUGAAUCAGUGAAUCACUGUUUGGGAUUCAGCACACAUGAAUCCCAAACAGUGUGUUGUAUAGUCUGGAUUCAAAGGACGACUCCAAUGAAAUGUCCACGCUCUGCUCUACUCAACACCUCCUGUUAGGUAUGCCUGACUUUAUAUGCAGAUGAUGAGACCUCCUUUCUUCCAGAUGAUUGAGCAAAGACUAAGUCAAAAACGUGGGAGUGGGAUAAUGGACUAUGUGAGGUGCUCAGGCAGCGAGUCCUCAUUGUGGCACUGUUUGGCCAAGCGUGAUAACGAGGAUUUUAAGUGUGAAUCUCAAGCCUACGUGGUUUGUUCAGGUGAGAAAUGGCAGAAAUCUGAGAAAUCUGACCAUCAUCAUCCAUUCUUAUGACAUGAAAUAAUGUGGCACUGUCAAGCCAAGGAAUGGUGGCCACAAUGUGACGGCUCUGUCAUGUUAUUUUCUGAUACAAAGUCUACGAACAAUUAAUUUACUCACAGUAUAUGUAAAGUAUUUUCUGUAUGCGUCUUAUUUGAAAAGUCCCUCGCUGUUUCCUCUGUGCCAUGGUACAGAUAGCAUAACGGCAAGACUGGUGGACGGUCCAGGAAUCUGUGCAGGCCGAGUGGAGAUACAACAUCAGGGCAAGUGGAGAAGGGUUGGUAAAACUUCAUGGACCGAUGCCAACUCCGACACUGUCUGCAGACAACUAGGCUGUGGAAACAAGAGAAAAAGCAGCACUUCUGCAGAGAAAUUCAGCCAGGGUUCAGGUGAAUUCCUGUCUCUGACUGUUCAAUGUGGACCAAACAAUGACCACAUAUCUGAGUGCAAAAUCAGUGCCAAAUCCAGAACCCCUGGAGAGAAUGAAGCAGUUGGUAUAACCUGUGAGGGUGAGUGUCAUUUUCAUUUUUGUGUUGCAUCUUUUGUCCUUCAUUUUCUACUCUGCUGCUGUCCCCAGCUCAAUCCUGUCAGAAAAGAAAUACUCAGUUGCACUUGACCAGUCAACCACCUAAAUUACUUACAAGACAAUGGUCCAGUCGCUGUGAACAACAUGGCUAGUACAUGAGGAGGGCACUGACCAUGACUCUGACACACAGCUCAAUGCCCUGGCUAAGCAUUUAUCUUUGGGCUGUCAGUGCCCAGACACUAGUAGUCCCGACAAUAAUAGUCUUUGAGAAUAUAUGAUGUAUUUAUGUCAUGUCAAAGCAUAAUAUGGUAAUGUUGGGACUUCAUAGUGGUGGUCCUCAACGCCGAUUGCCACAUAUCAUAAAAUGGAGGACAGAUGAAGGAGUAGCAAACUGCUAGUGAGCUGACUGAAGCAGCCCUCUGGUAGAUGAUUAGACACUUUUAAAGUUGAUGUUCAAAAUGUUUUGUAAAUUCAACAACAAUAUUAGAAUUUAUGCCUCUUCAGGUUACUAAUCAACUUAGCUUAGCUUUCUUACAAGCAUUGCAAUCUGCUGACGCACACGUUUGUUCCACGAUCAUCCUCUCUAUUUCUCCUCUAUGCAGAGUAUGGCCUGCAUAGUGGGGCUCCGGGAGCGGAGCUUGGAUUUGCUACAUAGGAAAUCUCACUGUGCCUGAACCUGCUGUUUUGGUCUGCCAGAGAUUCACAGCAAUUUGAAUGCAGAAAUACUCAGAAAUGCAGUUUUGCACUUUUUUUUUAAUUUGUCAUGUAGCAUCAGAAAAAAGCCAUAUGAACAUAUAAAAAACAAGAAAAACAUGAUUUUCAUCAGAGUGGGUCUUGAAGAGCAAACAAGUUUUAAUAACAUGAAAAAUCUAAAGAGUUUCUUGCUUUUUUUUUUUUUUUUUGAAGUACUAAGCUCAACUUUUAUCUCUUUUUCAUAUUCACUCCCUGGCAGAUCACAAAGUGGUAUUUCUGGAUGGAGAAAAAUCCUGCUCCGGAAUGGUGGCGAUUGAGCAUGACGAUGAAAUGUAUUGGCUCUCAGGGUCUGACAAAACAUGGAACGAAAAACUUGCAAACACAGUUUGUCAGCAGAUGAACUGUGGAGAAUUCUCUAACUUUAACUUCACCUCAAAUGCUGAACUGAAAAAGAAAAUUUGGGAGGACUCGUAUGACUGCCUGUCGAACUCUACAUCGUUAUUUGAUUGUAAAAACACGACACGGCCAUCAGACCACAAUGAUACUGUUGCUUUUGUGACAUGCUCAGGUAAUGUGACACAAUGGCAAACAUGUAAAACAUUGUCUUGUGUUUUGCCUGGAUGUUGAUUAUAUGAUCUGACACGUAUGAAAAUAAUAAUUACCUUUUUUUGGAUGCCACAACAGGACGGCUCACAGUGGACCUAACAGAGGAUUGUUGGGGCUAUGUCAACAUCUGUAAGGGAGAGGAGUGUGGAGGUGUUUGUACCGACACCUGGAUGGAUGAGAAGUCGGAUAAGCUGUGUCAGAACCUGAACUGUGGCCGAGCAAUUCACAAAGCCGAAAACUGGCCUCAAAAAAGCUUUAGAGUGAUGUACAAGAGUAUGCACAGCACGAAGCAGACAACUGACAUGAGCCAGUGCAACUUUGUCAAAAACGCUGAAAAAGACAGCACCUGUCAAAAGGCGGCUUUUAUUGUUUGCUCAGGUAACAGAUCCCAUUCAAAUAGCCAUAUUUACAAAAAGUAAUAUGAAAAUAUUUGUGGCUCCUGCUUGUAUAAGUUCUAGUGAUAUAAAAGUGUGUUAACAAAGCUUUUAGUAUUUCUUAAUAUUUAUAGUUUUUAAUGACAAUAAUUAAAACACACAGCAAGGCAGUUUAUCAUAAUGGGUCAGUUCCUGUCUUAAAAUACUUAUUUAGGUUACUGCUGUUACUUCUUAUGUGUUUUUCAAUUAUAAUGUAUUCUGUCUUAGAAUUAAAAUGUAUUUUGAUCAUUUUAAAACCCAUUUAAAGACAAAAACCCUGACAUAAAACAUUGUUUACUAUACAGCUGAUUAAAAGUGACUAUAAGUGGCCAAGAAACAACUUUAUCACCACUUCAUCUCAUAUCAUAACGACUUAAUUCUGGUAAUAUUUUGACUUAACGCAAUGUAUGGCUUGAUUUUCUUCGCACUUUAGUGACAAAAUGUCUUUGCUGGAACUUUAUUCUUGUGAAAAAAAAUGUGGAAAAAAAUUCAAUCAUAAAAAAGUUCUUUAUCUUGGAAAAAAAUAAUUCUAUUACAGUAGGCCCCCUUUUUAAUGGUACAUAACAAUAAAACAAAAAGCACAGCCCAGAUCUACGCUUUUCAUUUUGAGCUAUAAUUUUUAUGGGAUUUGCAGCUGUAUCAUAAAAUUGAUGAAUAACUUACUGUGCAACGUGUAUUCAAGAAAAAAAAAAAAACAAUGAGUAUUUUAAUUUUUUUGUUUGACCCAUGUUUCAUCUUUGAUAAUGGAGGAGGUGAGCUUUAUGACCCUUUUCUGAGCUAGCCCCCAGCUGUAAAAGAGCUGUAAAAGUUCAGGUCCAGUUCAAGAUUAAGUUGUUUGUCCGCGUUUAAAAGGUUAUUGUAAGAAUUGUGUUCUUGGACUCGGACAGCAUUGAAACCUGCCUGCGCUGUACGAAUUUAUCAUCAUUAUUAUUAUUAUUUUUGGCAACCUUUAAGCAAGUGACCAAGACACUAAAAAUCUUUUUUUCAUUAGAAUAAAAUCAUGAGAAAAUAUAUUUCUCUUGAGAUUAAAGUCUUACCAUUUUAACAAUUUAGAUAUAAAAAUAAAGUUUUUGCAAAGUCAUAAUAUCACAAGAAUAAAGUUGUCCUGUUAUGCAUUAUAAAAAGAAAAAAACAAAAACAACCAAAAAACAAAACAUUUAUGUUUUAGCAACUCCAUAAGAUGUGUCCUGUUUCACAUUAUUUUGCUCCUAAUACAGUUAAAAUCACUGCACAGCUCUGACUAUGAGACUGAUAACGUAACGUAACGAUUCUUUUCCGGGUAUUAAGUUAACCUGAUUGCUCUUUAUGUCCGUUUCAUUAUAUUUUUGCAGAUAGUGUGAAGACCCAAAUCACUGCCACCAGAGACAAAUGCUCAGGGAAUGUGGGGGUGUUUUAUGAAGGCCUAUAUCUCCCAGUGUGUGAGGAGGCUCUCAAAGACGAGAAAACUAAAGAUCUCAUCUGCAGGGAGGAGGGCUGUGGCCACGCUGUCAGCCUGAUCAAAUAUUUUGGACCCAAACCUAAGUCACUUGGCAUUCAACAGAUACAGUGUGACGAUGACAAGAAGCCACUGAGAGAGUGCCGCAUCACUUCUGGCACAACCCCCUGCACCUUUGUUGGCCUCCAGUGCUCACGUAUGUGAACUUAUUUUAUCUGAAAUUGAAAAACUAGAGGAACUAGAAAUGUAUUCUAAUAAAGGGAAAUUUCAUAAAAAUUUUCUUUUUUUAUCGUAAACUGUUAUGGUCAGCAGAGUAGGAAACUAAUCUGCUCAACAUGGAGUAUGUGUGUUUUAUAUUUGCUAAUCUCUCUCUGUCUCUGCUCCCGUGGCUUAUCUCAGGCCACAGGACGAUGGAGCUCAAACUUCAAACCCCCUGCAGUGGAGCUUUGGUUGUCUACUCAGAGGGGGAAAGAAGAGCCGUCUCGUCUGAGGGCUGGACAGAAACCGAGGGGAGGAUUCUUUGUCACGAUCUGAAGUGUGGCGGCUUCAGCUCCAACAGGUCAAUUGAACCUAUAUUAGAAAAUUUCUGGAACUCGAGCUUCAGCUGUGCAGGUGUGAACAAUCCACAAAGCAUCUGGAACUGUGAAAAUCAAACUGUGCUCCCAAAGGAAAAGCAGCUCUAUAUUGAAUGUGAAGGUAAAUUUUUCUGCUUCAGGAGUGAACUUUCAAUGCUGAAAGAGACAAAUUAACAGUAGCGUGACAUCUAGAUGGAAAAAAACAUGCAAUGUCCAGUAUUUAGCCUUGAAGAAAAUAAGAUUUACUUCAAUGACAUCAAUAUAAUUUUUGUUUUGUUAUUUUCCUUCCCAGAGGAGCCAAAUGUCACCCUUUCUAAAAAAUGCUAUGGUGAGGUAAAGAUUAACAACAUCCAUGUAUGCAACACUCACUGGGAUAUGGACUAUUCACACUUGGUUUGCCAAGAAAUGGGUUGCAGCAACGCCAUUGGUAGCUUCAGCAGUCAAGCUCCCAAUCCAGACAAGCAGUACCAUCAUGUCAAGUGUGAGAAGUACCACUCCAAACUUGGACAAUGCAAAAGAUUCAUGGCAAAAUGUGAGGGGAGUCUGGUGUCAGUCUCCUGUGUCGGUAAGUAGAUGUGCAUUUUGUUCACCUCCACCAAAAAUCUUUAUUCACCGCUUUAUUUGAAACAUGUCUGGGGUUGAAUUGUGAAAACAGAGUGGUCAGCACUUGUGUGGAUCACAUUUUAAUAUUAUAACAUCAUAAUAGUGAUGUGAGAAAAGUUUUUUACACAAAAGGUCUAAUUUCUUUCAUUUGCUUGAAUACCUUGAGAUGUAUUUCUCCUUUGUCUCACAUUCAUGCUGAGUGAGAUCAUCAUCCCCUACCUCCUGUUCUGCAUUUAACAAACAGCAUUGAGGAUAUUCUUCUUUAUCAUCUAUCUAAAACAAAAGAAUAUUAAAUAGUUCCCUUAAAACAUUGUUAAAAACGUUGAAAUUAUAAUGUUUUUCUUUGUUGUUUAUUACAGGAAAUGUGAAGUUCAACACUAUGGAAAAAUGUGGCGGUCAAGUUCAGGUCGAUUACGGAAACAAGUGGGAAAAUGUGUGCACUAAAGCACCAAUGUUGUCCAAACAUAGAAAGCAACUGUGUGAAAAGCUGGAGUGUCAGCAACAAAAUACGAGCAUGUAUGACCCUGCCAACAAAGUGGUAAAUAUGACAUAUUAUUUCACCCUCUAGCAAAUUCUUUCAUAUUUUGAUGUAUAGCUGCAUUUUUUAAAAUUGUUUUCUGUCUAACUUAAGGCCAGUUCAGUAAUCUUGAUGAGUUGCACCGACGCUCAUGAGGACAUCAAGUACUGUAUAAGCCAAGGGUCUUGUGGGGAACUCAAACCAGCUGAGGUCUACUGUGAUGGUAAUCAAAACCACCUAUCGGUGAUCUGUAUUUUAGGCUGUGUUAACUUUUGCCACUGAUCACAGUCAGAGAGCACAGGGGGCACACCCGGAAGAACUAAACUUGAUAGAAAGUCAUACGUUUUUUUUUUUUCUUACACCAAAGAGAUUGUAAGUUUUUACACCUAUGCUGAUGUUUUUUACGUAGUCUUUUUCUCUCCUCUAAUGCUGCUCCUGGUCCCCAAUAUUGGCCACCAUAGCUCAUCACCUAAACCUCACCUCUGCUCUCUCUUUAUACAUUUAAUGUGGAUGAUAAAACUAUCCUUCUGUGUAAAAUUCAGUUUUCUUUGAUGUUGUCAUUUUUGUGUAGUUUAACUCCAUUGCAGAAAUGCAUCACUGCGGAGGCAGACAUCUGCACUGAGUUAAAGGUGGUUUCUUGUUUAAUGUAUUUGAAUUUGAUUUUAGGGUGACCCUCUGUAUUCAAGCGGAGAAUACAGGUUUUAAAACCAACACUGAUGGAAACUUUUGUUGAUUUUAAACGGGAAAUACUUUUGAGUGGUAGAGUAUGUUGCUUUUAUUUCAAGAUUAGCCAACUCGCUGGUUUCUGCUAAUGAUGCAUCUUCAUUUUCCCUCCUUUUUUAUGUCAUGAGGAAACCGACAUAGAGCAAUCACAGCCUCUUGAUAUGGAUCAGUCAUUUGACAGUAUUACGCUAUGCUGGUUUUUAGCAUAAUAUCAAUAUAAAUCAUUUGAAAAGAGAUGAUUAUUAUGAAUACCCACUGCCUAUAAAGCAACAGCCCUGGUAUCAACCUGCAGUUCACUUGUCUGACUUCAAGUGAACACAAACAACAUUGUUGUACUUUUUUCCCUUAUUUUAGGAUAUUCUGACAAUCCUGAAGAAAAGCCGACCUCCAUGGUGCCUCUAAUCCUGGGAAUCGCAUUUCUUUUGCUUGUUGUGCUCGUACUCAUUGUAGUGAUAGGAGUCUGGGUUGUCCGUAAAUCCAGAAGGGCUGCCAAUGCCAAGUGUGAGUAUUUCAUUCUGUAAACCCUUUUAUUUUACUAGUUGUUGCUGCUUCAGUUGCAUUAAGAUCUUUAAGAAGUGCACCAUUUCAACAGUUUCAACAGUUUUAAGUGCAAACAAAAAAGGGUGCACUUGGGACUCUCUCCCACAAGACGCCAGUGUUCCUGCAUGUUGAAUUCAAUCAGCUUACUGUAGAAAACCAUCUAAACCUCUUACUUCCCAGGGUUUAAUUAUGUAAAGAUACACAGAGAUGCCAAAACUAAUGCCAAGGCUGCUUGAGAAACCCAUGCAGUGUUUAAUAAGAAAAAAAUGGGAAAAAAAUCAAACCUAAUCACAGUAUCAGGCCCAGAAAAAGAAAGUUUAAAGAGACUGAUCCAUUUGUUGUGAGUUUUGUUUUUAUUUCCUCUUGUUAAUUUCUUUGUUUUGUGUUUUUUUUUUUUUUUUGAUGCAGUACGAAAGUUCUCACAGCAUGAAGCAGUGUUUGAAAGUUGUGACUACGAGGAUUUGAAGAGCACAGUGAAUGAAACAGAAGACUUCAGGCAGAGUGGUGAGUCAUGUUUUCAUUCAUUUAACCUGUUUUAUAUUUUUUUUAUAUUUUUGAAAAAAUAUGAAAUUCCAAAUCAAAACUAUUCACUGCACCAUGUACCUAAUCAUGUCUUUACAACAGUAUUUAUAACAGGAGUAUUUCACUUGAAUUGUGUCUUUUUUUUUAAUAUAAUGAUUUUAGCAUCAAAAUUAUACAACUUUUAAUAUACUGCUUUUUUAAAAAUAAAAUUUAACAUUUUGUACUGUAUGUGUAGGACACUUUGAAUGGCUGUCUAGAGGGUCUUAACUCACCCUGAGGGAAUUUCACAUUUGGCCACCAACUAGAACAGCACAUACUGAUGCAAAAUCUUGAUAUUUGACUUUGAAAUUGUGUAUUCAAAGGCACCAUUUGCCUAGUGACUUGGACUGAGGCUUUCUCUUGUGAUUCCAACUUGCCAAUCCUACCCUGCAUGUCACUCCUACACGGCUGAAAUUCAUACAGCUUAUAUAAACAGGCUCACUGAUUCUGCAAUCAGCACCGUUUCCAUGACAGCUAUUAUUGGCAUACUUGCAGGACAAACUAAUAUAAAAGUUAAGAUUUAAUUUUUAUGUGUGAAGUCAUCACAUUAGCAUGCUUGUUUGUUGUAACAUUUCUGUUACUGUCCUGAAUCAGCUCUCCUUCCUCUUAGAUAUUUGCACUUGUCACACCUAUGAACAUAAAUGAGACAAAUGCCACACUUUAUAGCAAGCAACCACUUAGAAAUGCUCCAACCUGCUUUGUGAGUGUUGCAUGGAUUGCAGGACAGGAUGUUGCACCACUUUAGGAUAGUUGGGGCUUAAGGCUAAAACAUACAGAAUCCAUAUUGAGCGUCAGAGUCACAUGUCACGCAACAAAUAGGUUCCCGUUCUAAUCAAUGCAGCAUCAUACACAGGACGCGUCUAAGCUCCGUCUCAGAAGCGUGUCGAGCGUGGCACUGCUAAAGAUACACGCCAAGUCUAUUUUUGCUUCUCUGCACUUCCAGCCGGCAUCAAUCUACACAGAGAAGAUCAUUCUAGACAGGAUAUCAAGCAUGAAGAUCAUGCAUGUCAUCUGGUAAAUUUCAAAAUAAAACACUAUAUGUUGACUCCCGACUGUUUAUCAGUUCGUCUGGAUGAGAAAUACUUCCUGGUUAUGGAUUUAUCAGUAACAUAGAACAAUCUGAUGGUCAAUCCCUGAUCCAUGUAGACCCCAACAGGACUUUGAACUGCUAACUCUGUCUAAAGGUAACAGCACAGCAUAAAGGCACAUACUUAAUCAAACACGAGUUCACCUGCAAAAAACGAAACUAUAAAAUUACAUUGCUUUUUCACAUACAGUAGAGGCUCAACAGUCACUGAAUUAUAUCCAAAUUAGCAGGAAACAGACCACAGGAAGUUAAAUCAACCUGUUGUGAGCAUGUUAUUUCCUCCAUACCGAGCCCAGCUGACCGGGGCUGCACUGCACUGCUGCUACGCUCCAAACAUGCAUCUUGUUUGCAAUGAAGAGCGCUGCUUGACAGAGCAGAGAUGAAACGCCGACAGAAUGCGCUCAACACGGAAUCUGUAUGUUUUCGGCUUUAGUUGCGCUUUAGGCUGUUAGAAACAUGCUAAUGAAACAUUUUUGCUACAGUGUCAACAGACAGAGGUGAAAAGCGCUGGACUGCUUUUUGUGGGUUGAUUUGGUAUGAUGUGUUUGAUCAGGUUGUUUUAAUGUUGUUAAGAAUGAACCACUGUUUCUGUGGAGUCAAUGAGAAACCAGGAUUAAACACAGUAAUAAGUAAUAGAGUUGGGUAAUCUAUAUUGCUUAUUUUUUAUGCUAAUACAGAGUAAUUUGUCUUUUAAGUUUACAUGACAAAGCAGUCAGAAGUUUGAGUUUAUCUUCUGCAAGAAUAUUUGCAAAAUUCACAUUAUAGUCAUCUUCCCGUGAUGCUGUAAACUUGAUGCUAAAUGUAAAAGCAAGUACUGGUUUGAAAUAAGAUGAGAAUGUUAUGGUUAUACACAGCAUCCAGACCUGAGGCUGAGCUCAUCAUGGAGAGGGAUGCUCAGAGCUCGUCUUCUUUUCAUUACGAUGAUAUUGAUGAAUCAGCGAUGGAGACUCGUCGUCUGACCUCUCCAGCCAUUCCAGCGUGUUCCUCUGGGGACAGCUACGCUCGUGAGGGGGCUUUUGAUCAAAGCACAGGAAAGUUUUGAACCAGAAUUUUCGCACCUUAUUAAACACAAAUACCUGACUAGUUUCCAUAGCAGCAGAAUCAGAAUAAACUUGCAUCUGUUUUUCCUCAUAACAGGAGAACAGACCUACGAGGUGGACAACUGGGGGGAGAAUUAUGACGACAUUGAAGCCACACCUGAGACCAGAGCUGAAGUCCACAACAGUCCCAGAGCUACACCUGAAAAUGUCAGAGCAGCUACUCCAGGACUGCCAGAGAGGGAUGCUGAAGACUACCUAGUGCCGGGUCAGGAUAGGUGAGCCAAAACUGGGUACUGAAUGAAAAAAAUGUCCAACAAAAUCAGUCUCCUCUGUCCUGACAGUAUAUCACUGUAGUUAUUGUUUUGUGCAACAAACUCGAGCUGAAGUGGGUUUCAAAGAGUUUGACUGACACAAAGUUGACAUUGACAUUAUACAUUGAUUUAGAGAUAAUUGUAUUCAUUUCAUUAAAGUUGAAUGCUUCAAUGACAGCUGACUCUUAUCGGUCAACUUGCAGUAAAAAAUAAAACUAUUAAAGGGAUAUUCCAGCGUAAAAUUAAGUUAGGGUCAAACACACUCCAGCAGCCGCUUGUUUGUACAGCGACCUCAGACAAGUCCAUCACGACUGCAGCGGGUGACGCAGCUUGAGGAAGAACAUUUAUGAUCAUUACUUUUUUAUUUCUUUGAAGUAAUAAUCACCAUAUUAAUCAUUUUGCACAGCAGACGCAGUAGUCCUUCUGCCUCAGCGUCUUGGUCUGAUUGCAUUUCCAUGGAGAAAUGAUCAUAAAUGUUCUUCCUUGAGCUGCAUCACACGGCUUCAGCCAUGAUAUCUCUUUAAGUUAAAAUUUUAGCUUUCAUAUCCUUUAAAGCUCCUGUGAGGUACUUUACAUUUGUGUUGCCCCAAGAGGACAAAACUCUCAUGGCUUAUCUUGUCCUGUAUAUGCAAAAUCAGUGCCUUCUGAAACAAAUUCAUUCUGCAGAGUUUUUACAGUCAAUCUUAUCAUAUAUAUUUUAUGUGAAAGACAAAUAUUUCAGAUAUUUCAAUAAACAGAAAAGCACUUAACAGAAUCCGAAGAGAAUUCACCAAAUUCUAGAACAUUUCUUUGCAUGUUGAAAAAACUUUUUGUGUUUCAUGGCCAAUUUUAGCAUUUUGGUAUAUGUCUCAGUCGUUUCUGAAUAUAUUUUGUGGUUUUUAUAAUUUUUUGUUUAAAUCGUUUUUAUUCUUGACAGCUCUUCUUCUACAUUAAUUGAAAUGGUUUUAAUUAUCAUGAAUUUUUUUGUGUGUUUCGUUGAAUAUUUAGUGUGUUCAUUGGGUCAACCUUUAAGGUUACAGCAUAUUGUAGAGGCAAACUUUCAGCAGCAGAACCUAUUUCAUUUAUAUGUAUGGUUUCUGUAGAACUUGGAUAUCAUGUACAGUGCUAUUAAUCAUUUAGCUUCCCCUGAGCAUCACUGCCUGGGAAAUCAAACGGCAAAUAAAGUAUUUCUCUUUUUUAAA